UCGCCCCGCAGCCUCUGCCAGCCCUGCGCCGCCCGCGCUCCGGACCAGCCCCAGUCGCCCACCGGCGGCGUCCGCGGGGUCCCCGGGAGGGCGAGGAAAGGGUCGUCCGCGUCGCCCCCGCCCGGCUCCCGGCACCGAGUCCCCUCCAAACGGCGCCCGGACCUCGGGGCUGCCCCCGGGGAGUCGCUGAGGCCGAGCACCCCGGGAAGGGGAAGGAGGAUCCCGCGGACGGCUGCAGCCCGAGACUGUAUUUUCUGUGAGUCCUGAUCCAGUGCAACAAAUGCGCUGCAAUGGUGACAUAAACUAUUGACGGAGACUGGAAAAGUAGCUGAACACCAUCUUUUCUUUUCUUCUUCCUUUUUUAUGGUGCUUCAAUUGGAACAGUCUGAGGGAAGUAUAUGCAACAUGAGUUUUAUCAUGAAGCUUCACAGACACUUUCAAAGGACGGUUAUUCUGCUCACCACAUUUUGUAUGGUGAGCAUUAUUAUUUCUGCAUACUACCUGUACAGUGGCUACAAACAGGAAAAUGAACCCUCCGAGAUGAUGUCUGAAGUGGACUGUGCGGAUUUCCAACACCUACCAUACAGGCUUAUGGAAGUCAAGACAAUGAAGCUUUCUGAUGCCUCGAGGACAGACCCCACAGUCCUGGUGUUUGUGGAGAGCCAAUACUCAUCACUUGGUCAAGACAUAAUUAUGAUUCUAGAAUCCAGUAGGUUCCAGUAUCACAUUGAAAUUGCUCCUGGAAAGGGGGAUCUCCCAGCACUUAUAGAAAAAACUAAAGGCAAAUAUAUUCUCGUUAUUUAUGAGAAUAUAUUAAAGUAUAUAAACAUGGACUCUUGGAACCGAAGCCUUUUAGAUAAAUACUGUGUGGAAUAUGGUGUGGGUGUCAUUGGAUUCCACAAAACUAGCGAGAAGAGUCUACAGAGCUUUCAGUUGAAAGGUUUCCCUUUCUCCAUAUAUGGAAACCUUGCGGUAAAAGAUUGUUGUAUUAAUCCUCAUUCUCCAUUGCUUCAUGUGACCAAAUCUUCCAAGCUUGAAAAAGGUUCUUUACCUGGAACUGACUGGACAGUUUUCCAGAUUAAUCACUCAGCCUACCAACCAGUAAUAUUUGCCAAAGUAAAGACCCCAGAGAACCUUUCUCCUCCCAUCUCUAAAGGUGCUUUUUAUGCAACUGUCAUACACGACUUGGGGCUUCAUGAUGGAAUUCAAAGAGUUUUUUUUGGCAACAACUUGAACUUUUGGUUGCAUAAGCUCAUCUUCAUAGACGCGGUUUCCUUCUUGUCAGGAAAGAGGCUGACACUGUCCUUGGACAGGUACAUUCUUGUGGAUAUUGAUGAUAUUUUUGUGGGAAAGGAGGGAACAAGAAUGAACACCAAUGAUGUUAAGGCCCUGCUUGACACUCAGAACCUUUUGCGUGCACAAAUCACAAAUUUUACGUUCAACCUGGGAUUUUCAGGAAAAUUUUACCAUACAGGAACGGAAGAGGAAGAUGAAGGGGAUGACCAUCUUCUGGGGUCUGUGGAUGAGUUUUGGUGGUUUCCUCAUAUGUGGAGCCAUAUGCAACCCCACCUCUUCCAUAAUGAGUCAUCUUUGGUGGAGCAGAUGAUUCUCAACAAAAAAUUUGCCUUAGAGCAUGGCAUCCCUACCGACAUGGGCUACGCAGUGGCCCCUCACCAUUCGGGUGUCUACCCUGUACACGUUCAACUUUAUGAGGCCUGGAAGAAGGUUUGGAAUAUUAGAAUCACCAGCACUGAAGAAUAUCCACAUCUGAAACCAGCUAGAUAUCGGAGGGGCUUCAUUCACAAAAACAUCAUGGUUCUUCCAAGACAAACCUGUGGGCUUUUCACUCACACAAUUUUCUACAAAGAAUAUCCAGGAGGUCCUAAAGAGCUGGACAAGAGUAUCCAAGGAGGUGAACUUUUCUUCACUGUGGUUCUCAAUCCAAUCAGCAUUUUCAUGACGCAUUUGUCCAACUAUGGGAAUGACCGCCUGGGACUAUAUACAUUUGUUAAUCUGGCCAACUUCGUGCAGAGCUGGACCAACUUGCGACUUCAGACUCUGCCUCCAGCACAGCUGGCUCACAAGUAUUUUGAGCUCUUUCCUGAUCAAAAAGACCCUCUAUGGCAGAAUCCUUGUGAUGACAAACGCCACAGAGACAUUUGGUCGAAAGAAAAAACCUGUGAUCGCUUACCAAAAUUCUUGGUAAUAGGACCCCAGAAAACUGGAACCACUGCUUUGUAUUUGUUCCUGGUUAUGCAUCCUUCCAUCUUUAGUAACUCCCCCAGCCCAAAAACCUUUGAGGAGGUACAGUUCUUUAAUAGAAAUAACUACCACAGGGGGAUUGAUUGGUAUAUGGAUUUCUUCCCAGUCCCAUCUAAUGUCACCACUGACUUUCUGUUUGAAAAGAGUGCCAAUUACUUCCACUCAGAGGAAGCUCCUAAAAGAGCAGCUUCUCUGGUCCCCAAAGCCAAGAUCAUCACCAUCCUCAUUGACCCUUCAGAUCGAGCAUAUUCCUGGUAUCAGCAUCAGCGAUCACAUGAAGACCCCGCAGCUCUGAAGUUUAGCUUCUACGAAGUGAUCUCAGCUGGGCCCCGUGCACCCUCCGAGCUUAGAGCCUUGCAGAAGAGAUGUUUGGUCCCAGGGUGGUAUGCCAGCCACAUCGAGAGAUGGCUUGUUUAUUUCCCUCCUUUUCAGUUGCUAAUUAUUGAUGGGCAACAGCUAAGGAUGGAUCCUGCUACAGUGAUGGAUGAAGUACAGAAAUUUCUAGGAGUCUCUCCUCAUUAUAAUUACUCUGAAGCUUUAACGUUUGAUUCUCAUAAAGGUUUCUGGUGUCAGUUAUUGGAAGAAGGUAAAACAAAAUGCCUUGGAAAGAGCAAAGGAAGAAAAUACCCUCCAAUGGAUCUUGAUAAAAAUGCCAGCACCCAACUGUCACCAAAACAUCACAGAAUGCAUUUAACCCAGAGCAGAGCGUUUCUGUCAAGCUACUACCGAGAUCACAACGUGGAACUGUCCAAACUGCUACAUAGACUGGGGCAGCCUCUGCCAUCCUGGCUGAGACAGGAGCUGCAGAAAGUGAGAUAGCACUGAGAAAACUUCUUGAGAGCCCAUCUGCCAUGUAACAUUCACCUUUCCCAAAGCUUCCAGAAGCUACCAAAAGGCUGUUUAAAAAUAUACCUCUUCAAAUGAGAAUAAAAGAACAAAGUUCCUUCCAUGUGCUGGCAUGUGGAUGACUAGAAAAACAAAAACAAAAAAAAAGAAAGAAAAAAAAAGAAAACAUACCUGUUACAAGCCUUGAGGCCUAUGGCCUUUCUCUUAAUCCAUAUCUGAGCCUGUGGGAUUAUUGUAGACUACUGUGCACUCAUGUGGAAGUCAACUGCAACCAAUAUAGGUAUCAGACGCAAAUGCAGAAUUGCUCCAUUUCAUAGUAAUAUUUACACUUUUAUAUAUCAACUAAGAUUGCGUCUCUGUAGAUUUUUAGACCACUGUUUGCCUGUAAAAUGUUUUCUUAUUCUUUGAUUCUAUAAAGUGUCCUACAAAACAAGAAGCAAAAUAAACAUCACAAUGUAGCAUAAAAUGCCAAAGGCAUAAUACCCAUGAAAAAUGCUUGCCAAGAUAUAAAUCCACUGAAUAUUUAGAAAGAAUUGUAAAUUACAAUUUGUGCUAGAUCAGAGAGUGGAAAAGUUAUAUAUGAGGUUUAUCUGCAUCAAAAUUAAAAGGUAAGUGCUAUAGCAAAGAAAAAAGUGAUAUUUCAUACACAUACUCUAGUGCAUUUAUGUAAAAAUUACUAACUUCUCUGUCAUAAUGUAAUUGUUAUACUGAGAUAUGUUGUAAAGCCAUCAAAAGGUAUAUGGAAACACGCUGAGUAUACUAAAAUGGUAAAUAGUAAAGUGUACUCAUGAAAUCCUCUAAAAGGGAGAAAUUGUUGGGGUCUGAAGAUUUUCCAUUGACAAUUUAUAUCCUUUUUGUGAGCUACAAAUCUACUCCAAUAGUCCUCACUGGUUCUACAGAAACACUCGCAUAGAAUGUGAGGUAUGUGUCAUCUCCAGAAACAUACUGACUUUUAAAAGUAAAUAACUUUUUUUUUAAUUUUCUCCAGAACAAGACCUAUUAAAUGAAAACUAAGCACAGUGUCUCUAGAUGAUAUGUUGUUAUUCAUAUUUAAAUUAUAGAAAAACUACAUUUUUCCAGAUAGUUCAAAAUGAAAUUGUGUAAUGUAGAGAUUUAUAACAAAAAACAAAUUGAUAUAUGAUUUUUAAUCUCAUAUUUCCCAUGAUACUUUUAAUAUAAGGCAGAAGAAAAUAAGUCAAGGCCGCGUCCCAUUUUUUUUUUUUAGAAUAUUUUGUAUAUUCUCUUAUGGAAAACAAUAAAACAUAGUUAAGUAUAGGGAUUAUCUACCAAAUUAAAUGGAGGAAGUACAAAGAUGAGCCAGACAUGAUUCCUUAACUUAAAUCUUAAUUGAUCAUAUGAUUAAUAAAGUAUUCAAAAAAAAAGAAUCAUACUUAUUGUCCUAUGCUUGCAUUUACUUAAUUUUUAAAUUCACUGUACACAUAAAAAAAUUAAGUAGUAAAUUCCCUGCUAUGAUUACAUAAGCCAUUAUAAAAUGUUAUCAAAAGUAUGAUCAGGAAAAAAAAUAUGCAAGGAAAAGCUACUGCCCAAAUAUUUUCUUUGUCAUUAUAAUGUGUGAAACUAAACUCUAUCAACCAUUCACUAAUUAGAAAACAAAUUUUGAGAUCCUUCCAUUACUAUAAAUUUUUUAAAUCACAUUAUAAUUAUUAAAAUUUUUUUAAAGUUUUAUGUACCCAAAUGAUACAACGUUUUAAACAAACAAGCUAAUAACCAAAAGAACUGGAGAAAGAACAAGUUUUUAAGACCCUUACUGUAAAAGCAAAAUCAAAGUCAGUUGGACAAAUAUGAUGAACUCAAUCUUCAUGCUUACUGCUGCCUUUUUCAAAGCAGCACUUGCCCAGCAUGGUAGGAAAAUGAAUGUAGUCUUUCAUCUCCACUAAUUUAAGAAAACUGGCUUAAGAGGGGCACACAUAGUGAGAGUAAGCCCCAGCAGUUACAUACAGUGUCAUGUUUUUAUUUUGACAACAUUUCUACUGAUAAAAAAAGAAAAAAAAAACUGAUACAUUUGUGUUUUAAUGAUGAGAUGUGUAUUUAAAUUUCUAAACAAAGCUGCUCAUGGCAUAAUUCUGUCUAGGUAAACUGAGUCAAGUGAACAGCCUACCCUCUAAGAUAAAUGUUAAAAAACAUACUGGAUGCUUGUAUAAUGAAAGAAAAAGGAAAAAAUCAUACCAAAAUUUACUCAUUCACAGGACAGGCAUUAUGCUAUCUAUAGUAGCAGAACUUUGAAAGGAUUUUUGACCAUUCAACGUAUCUUGGAGGCAACAUCAAAUUCUAGAGGACAUAUAUACUUUCUACAUUAUAUACUCCAGCUGGUUAUUAAGAUAGUCUAAAAGUAACAUAAAUGCUUAUGAGAAAAGAAUGAGAGCUAAUGUGACUUAAAACUAGCUUUGUAUAGAAUUCCUCUUUCAUUGCUUAAAACUGGAACUUCCUCAGGAAGAAAUGAAAUGGUUAUUUCAAUGUUUAUAGCUAUGAUAUUCUUGUCAUUCACAUUGAAUGAAAAUUACUGGAAACAUUUUUUUCUCUGAGUUUUUUAAAAUAAAAAACCUAAAUAUAAUUCUGAUAGUAGCAUGGUACC